UGUAUGCAUGCCAAAAUCUAAUUUUACAUAUGGAUAUCUCUUCCAUCAUUCGCGUACAUACAUUCUGCAUCUUGCGAAAGUAACUGCAUAUAUAAGUAGAUACAAAUUUCCUUGGUAGGUCUGAAAUUGCACUAAAGAGUUAGAAAAUAACGAAAAUAAUUUUCAAAAACGUAUAACGCUCAGUGCUUCAAAGAUAUAUUUUGCGUUUGAUUUUAUUAUUUAUUUUAGGAUUACUUACGCAAUUAUUUACGAAACAGAAAUGGCAUUGCCGGAUGGACUUGCAAAUAGCAUGAAGAAAUUUCAAGCUCAUAACGAUCUUCCAGUUUUCUUAAAGGGAGGACCAGUAGACAAAGUAUUGUUUGGUUUGACGGUUGGGCUUUGCGGCAUAGGACUUGCAGGCAUAGUCCAAAUGAUCUAUGCAUUGGGUUUCAAGAAGAAGUCGGCUUAAAUAAAUUUAGAAAUGACUAGUUAAAUAAACAAUUAAAUUAAUCAAAAUGAAUCAAAU